CGGGUCCGGGAAGAUGUCGCGACCUCGGUCCCGUUGUUUGUAUUUUACUGCGUGAUGAGGACGACGGAGGAAAACGCAAAGAAAGAAACACCACUAACUACUAGAUUUGGUUUUAAAACGUGACUCAAAGCUUCAACAAGUUGGGAAGAAGUCGAGGAGAGGCACUUGAACAUGAACUCUGAAGUGAAUCUGUCAGCGGGCCAGCGGAGAGAUAUCCAGAAAGUGAAUGUUGGUGAAGGACAUCAGCAAGAUUGGAGCUCCAAUGUGGACCAGGAAGACACAAAGCCCCCCCAAAUUAAAGAGGAGCAGGAGGAACUCUGGAUCAUUCAGGACGGAGAGCAACAUAAAUGGCUGCAGGAGGCUGAUAUCAAGUUCCCAAUAACUCUUGUCCCAGUGAAGAGUGAAGAUGAUGAAGAGAAACCUCAAUUCUCACAGCUUCAUCAAAGAAUAACUGAACAGAUGAAAACAGAAACUGAUGGACAGGACUGUGGAGAACCAGAGACAGCCACGAACUUAGAUCCAGAUACACAUCUACAACCAAUUACUGAUGACUGUUCUGAACCUGAGACUGAUGACAGUAAUGAAUUGAAGGAGAUUGGAGAAACUCAGUCAGGUCUAAACUCUCUGAAUGAUAAAGUAUCUGUCUCUGAUCGGAUAUGUACUGGGGACAAACCAUUUAGCUGCUGUCAAUGCGGGAAACAAUUCAGUACCAAUGGACAUCUGAAGAGACACAUGCGAUCUCAUACAGGAGAGAAACCAUUUUGCUGCUCUGUCUGCAAGAAAUAUUUUAAACAGAGUGAACAUUUACAGACGCACAUGAAAAUCCACACAGGAGAUAAACAAUUUAGCUGCACAGUCUGUAAGAAAGCUUUUAUAGUGAGAGGAAAUUUACGGAAACACAUGAGAAUCCACACAGGAGAGAAACCGUUUAGCUGCUCGGUCUGUAAAAAAGCUUUUACAGUGAGUGGCAAUUUACAGAAACACAUGAGAAUCCACACAGGAGAGAAACCAUUUAACUGCUCAGUCUGUAAAAAGGCUUUUAGAGAAAGUGGACAUUUACAGAAACACAUGAGAAUCCACACAGGAGAGAAACCAUCUUGUCGCGUGGAGUGGAGCUCCAGUCUGGAAGCUUUUCCUUCAGAUGUCCAGAAAGUGAUUGUUGGUGAGGAACAGCAGGAGUGGUGCUCCAGUCUGGACCAGCAUGACCCAGAGCCCCCACACAUUAAAGAGGAACAGGAGGAACCCUGGACCAAUCAGGAGGGAGAGCCGCUUCAAGGGCUGGAGGAGGCUGAUCUCACCAAGUCCCCAUUCACUCCUGUCCCUGAGACUAGAAUAACUCAAAUAGGUUUAAACUCUUUCAAUAGCAAAGUCUCUGUCUUUGAUCUGAGAUGUACUGGUGAGAAACCUUUUAGCUGCUCUAAGUGUGGAAAAAGAUUUGGCAUAAAUGGACAUUUGAAGAGACAUAUGAGAUCUCAUACAGGAGAGAAACCAUAUAGCUGCUCUGUCUGCAAGAAAUAUUUUAAACAGAGUGGACAUUUACAGACGCACAUGAAAAUCCACACGGGAGAGAAACAAUUUAGCUGCACAGUCUGUAAGAAAGCGUUCACAGUUAGUGGAAAUUUACAUAGACACAUGAGAAUCCACACAGGGGAGAAACCAUUCAGCUGCUCAGUCUGUAAUAAAGCUUUUACCGGGAGUGGUAAUUUACAGAAACACGUGAGAAUCCACACAGGAGAGAAACCAUUUAGCUGCUUAGUAUGUAGUAAAGCUUUUAGAGAGAGUGGACAUUUACAGAAACACAUGAGAAUUCACACUGGAGAGAAAUAAUUUAGCCAUGUGGAGUUGGGCCCCAGAACUCAAAGUAAAAAUGAAUAGUCUCUUAAAGUGUAGUCUACUAAUCUAGUAUUUAAUCCAAUAAUUAGAAUUUAUGCUUUGACUUGUCUUGCAAAUAACUCCAGCCUUUAAAAAUGAACUUGGAUUAUUAAGUUAACAUUACUGUUAUUAAAUUGCUUCAUAUUCAGUGAGUCAUUUUGUAUUUAUAUGGGGGGGGCUUAUAUUACUCAUGAUGUUUCAGAAUUACCGAACCAAAACCAAAUUGGAACAAAUGUCCACUAAUGCAAACUGUGCAACCGGGUCAGAAUUUAUCGCAGCACACCCAGCUUGUGUGAAAUAAUGUGGUGUGUGGGCUAAUGUCGUCUCUCCUAGUUUAUUUUAUGCGUGUUUAAAAUAGCUACUUCUAGAAAUAAUACGUUAAAAUACUUACUGUUAAUGUUCCUUUCAUUGAAUAGGGCAAAGUG